AUCUUUCUUUAAACGAUUUCAUUAUUUAUUGUGCAAAAUAUUGUGUGUCAUUAAUAUGAAAAAUAAAUCGACUAUAUAUAUAUAGGAGACACCCAAAGUCUUAAAAUACAAACAUUCUCUUUUCAUUCUUUAAAGUAUUAUUCACAAAUCUCUCAUCUCAUACUAUUAAGGUAUUACGACGAUGUUGCUUGUGUGCUAAGAAAAAUGUAUUUAGACGCAAGGGCUCCUCAUCUUUCAUCGACUCUGCCACCCACUUUUCCUUGGAAGUUCAAUAAACCUGUACAGCCUAAUAAAGGACUAACCCGCCAAGGCAAUGGGCACUCAGAAGAGCUACGUUGUGUCAUUGUUGUUAUUAGACAAUAUAUUUUCUUAGCAUAUAAAUCACCUUUAUCUCCUCUAUACUUCUAUCUGUUAAAAUUUUGUUAUUACAUGACAAUGGCGAUCGAACUCCAAAACAGAAGGUGAAACUAAAUGUUACAGAGGAGAAACUGUUAAACCUGAUGUUGAAGUACAAUGGUGGAAAGCCAAGAGCUGAGACAAAACUAAAAAGUGCAGUCCAGUUGCAAGACCUAUUGGAUGCAACAAGAAUGUUAGUUCCCCGUACAAAACCAGGUCGUGAGAGUGAUAGUGAUCCAAAAGACCUUGAACAUGCUGAGAAGCUUCGCCAAGUUAAAGCAGUUCUUGAAGAGGGAGGAAAUUUCUCAGGGAUAUACAGGAAGGUUCAACUGAAGCCCCUGAAGUGAGAUGGUGAAGGCGAAGAAGAAAGACCUGUAGAGGCCCUUAUGAUUUUUAAAUACGGCGGUGUUCUAACUCACGCUGGUAGAAAAUAAGUGUUUACAUACUUUACCAUUUAAUUUGUCAUUGUUAUAUAUAUAUACAUGUUUUCCAAAUAUGGAAGAAUUGUUUAACUUAUUGAUGUUUGCUUCAUCUGCAUGCAUGCAGAAGAGUUUGGUAGAUUCUUCUGAUACAAUAUGUAUCCAUGUAAGGCCCCCUGAUCUGUUACUUUUAUUUUGGAGUAUUUCACCGAUGAAAUGGCCUUAAAUUACAUGCUUUUUUCAGGUGAAGGGACUGGUUUGCUUCUUCUCCAUAGUACAUACCAUCAUGACCUUAAAAUUUACAGCUCUGACGAGGGACGUGUUCAGGUACGUACACCUUUUACAUUGAUACUACUGAAGAUAAUUAAGCAUAUGUGUUGGAAAAAAAAUAAUGUUUGAACUGGUUUGCAUAUGUUGACCAGAUGUCUGCAGCUGCUUUUGCUAAAGGCCUGCUUGACCUAGAAGGACAGCUGCGCCAAUCUUGGUUUUCCCUUCUUAAUAUUAUAUUGUUUGUGCUUAAUUUGCAAUGUCAUCAUGUGUUUACUAAUAAUGUCUUUUUAUCUUUCUUGCUUCUCAAGGUUUUUUUGGUUAGCAAGGACUCUUCCAUGUUGGAUGGUCUUGAUACUGCCAGUAUUGAAAUGGAAGCUGCCAAGGUUUGUCCCAUGACUUGAGUCAUUUUUGAAGUGCGUGUAUCAGUCAAUCAACAAGAUUGAUUUCAUUAUAAUUGGACUACUAGGAUAAGACCCGCGCCUUGCGCGGGAUUAAGUUAUUAUUUUUAUUAUAUUUUGGAGAAUGAAACAAUAGUUUGGCUUCAUUUGGAUUACGGGUGUUCAAUGCGGAUAUCGGGUUGGUUUCGGUUCGGUUCGGUUUUUUCGGUAUUUGGUUAGUAAAAUAUAAUUACUAUUCUAAAUCCAUAUUUACUUUGACUUUAGUCUUUCACAU